GCGGCUCUUAGCUGUCCAAGGCGCGCCUGCCUGCCCGUCGGUCCGUCAGGCAGAGCAAUGACGCGGUCGGCGUGCGGCGGCGCGGGAAGCCCCCGCGCACGUGUCUCCUAGGCGACCGGCGGCCGCGGCGGGAUGAGGCGGCCGAACGUUCUGCUCACCGGUACUCCAGGCGUUGGGAAAACCACGCUGGGAAAAGAACUGGCCUCAAGAACUGGGUUGACCUAUAUCAAUGUGGGUGACAUGGCAAAAGCAGGAAAACUGUACGAAGGUUUUGAUGAGGAAUACAAUUGUCCGAUUUUGGAUGAAGACAGGGUAAUUGAUGAACUAGAAGAUAAAAUGAGUGAGGGCGGAGUUAUUGUCGAUUACCAUGGCUGUGAUUUUUUCCCUGAACGGUGGUUUCAUAUAGUGUUUGUACUUCGUACGGAAAAUUCAUUUCUGUAUGACAGACUUGAAAGCAGGGGUUACAAAGGGAAAAAGCUGCAAGACAACAUUCAGUGUGAAAUUUUUCAGACCAUUUAUGAGGAAGCUGUCUUGUCUUAUAGAGAGGAAAUUGUGCACCAGUUACCCAGCAACACUCCAGAAGACCUAGAGAGAAAUUUGGAUCAGAUUACACAAUGGGUUGAACAAUGGACAAAGGACAACAAUUGACAUUUGGGGAAAAAAUAAGUCUAUUGGAUUGCUUCCUGGGGAGAGGGUUAAUAAAUGACAAUCAUAAUUGUCAGGGAAGUUCCUUUUCCAUAUGUUUCCCGCAGCAGAGAUUCAGGCAUGGAUUGCUUAAAUUCUUCUAAAAUAAAUUAUUUAGCACUGCACUGUGCUGCACUUGUACAUAUGAAAUAAAGGGCUUUGCAUAACCUGGGAGUCAUGGAGCAGGAGGUAAACCCAAACAUACCAAUAAUCCAUUUGUUCUGGGAAUCUAUUUCUGGGUCAUGUUGCAAGAAAAUACAUUUCUGGUGAUCAAAGGAUCCUUGCAGUGGCCACCAUUCUGCUGGGCUUCCAGUUUUAGUUAUAAAUGGCCACCUUUUUGACACAAGGUUCAAGCUCCCAUCCCCAAUGCGUCACCCUGGGCCAAUUGCAGAAGUAUGAGGUCUGCAUGUUCCUCGCUGGAUCUCUUCAUUUUCAUCAGACGAACUGUCAAAGUUCUGACCUUCAGUUGCUAUUUUGGACCUGCAGCUGGAGAAAAUAAGUUCUUGGUAAUAGCCCAAACAUGCUUCUGUUAGAUGCCAUUCUGUUCCUUUACUUAUCUCCAAGGAGUUAUAUCUUAUAGCUUGAAGGCUCUGAGGCCUUUUUUACUUAAAGAAACAGAACAUUCAAAGGUUCACAGCUUGCAGAGGUUAUGCCAAGCAAACUCACUUAUGCUAAGUGAAUUCUAUAUAAGCAGUUUCUAACGGAGUUCUGUAAGAAGCCGUAUACUCAAUAAUUCAAUGAGUGAAAGCAGUCUAUUCCCUAACAAUAAUUAUUGUAUAAUAAAAUAAAAAUUAAUUUUAUUGUGGUUUGGUAUGGUUGGGGACUGGAUAAGGGUUCAGAAUAGCCAGGCUGUAAGGCUUUAGCAGCCUCUGAAGCGCUCGGGGAGAGGCACACAAAGAGAAAUGACACAAGUGAAAAUUCAGCAGUGAACGAAAGGGUGAAAAUCACACAGUUGCCCUUAGUAACAGCAACUGGGUUCAAUAACUGGGAAUCUUUUAGAGCUCACAAUUAAAACCAAACCUUCUACACUCCUGCCCGCAAGAAAACUGUAAAAUCCUGGUAACUGAUGGUAGUUGAGGAGCUUUUGAUUUCUAAAGGGUAAAGCAGUAUCCUGAGAAGGAGUUAGUCUGUUUCUGAGCUGUUACACCAAAACCUGCUACACUUCACUGUAUUCUUGAAUGUGUGGAGUCUAAUGCAGAGUGCAAGGUGUAUGAUAUAGUUGAAGGCUUAUUUGCUUUAUUUUGGAGGGAAGAGAAGUGACUUGGUAAGAGAGAUGUUUUAAAGUCAUCACACAGAACUCUGGGAAUUACUUAGAGCGUAAGGAAACAUUGAUUAUGUCUGCACCAGUGUGGAAUAUUAAACAAUAAGGUUUUUUUCCUGUGUUUUCUCUCUGUAUUCUCCAUCACCAAUUCAAAUCAUGGAAUAUAUGUUUAUCAAUGUAAGUUUAUCUAGGAUAUAGAUCAUUUAGCAGGGUAACAAACUUGCAGUGAUCCAAAACAUGGGUACACUUGAAAUACUGGCAGCUACCUGUUCUUAUCCCUUGUAAAGCCUUGAUCUGAGGAAAGCAUGGCUGUGCAAAGCAGAAAUAACCUUUCUUCACUGUAAAGAUGGCUUGCAAAGCCUCACAAAAGAUUCUGUAGGAAGUGCUUGCUAAAAUACUUUUUUGUAUACACAAGUUUGAAUAGUAAAACUUACUGCUUGAAAAA